AAACAAGCACGUGUCUUCAAAUCCUUCAAAAAAAAAAUUAACGAACCACACCACCAAAUCUCUUCUUAGCUUCAAUUUUCUACCCAAAAAUUCUGCAAACCCAUUCAAUUCCGCGUUUCCUUUCAUUACCAAAAAAACAUUUUUUUCCCUAUUCAACUUUUUUUCAUACCCUAGGGUUUCACAUUCAUUCAUUCAUUCGAUUCGAUUUUUUCAUGCAAUUCUAGCUUCACUCGCAUCGUAAUUUCAAAACCUUCAUCAUUCUGAUUUUCUCACGUUCGAAAAAUUCAAUCAGGUUAAAAAUCCCCAAAUUUUUUUCCCUUGUUGACAAUGCCGCCAUUUUUAUCGACCUCAAAGGCACUUCGCACCUUAGCGACACGCAAAAGUGGAUUCAAUCAAUUGAUUAGGUCUAGCAAAAAUAACGAGAAUUUGGAAGUAUGUCGAUGCUUUUCAACCAUUGCAUUCAAACCUACCCAUCAGAUUCAUCCCUUUGAUUCUCGCAUUGGGUUUUCACCUUUUACGAGAAAUUUUGUUAAUAGCAGCUAUAAGAAUAUCCAAUGGAGACAGUUUAUGGGAUGUGGAGAUGGUGUUGAAAAUGUUCUGUCCAAAACUUAUGAGGAAAAGCGCGUUUUGGGGUACUCUCCGGAGCAAUUAUUUGAUGUUGUUGCGGCUGUUGAUUUUUAUCAUGGUUUUGUCCCGUGGUGUCAAAGGUCAGAGAUAGUUAAACGUAAUCCAGAUGGAUCAUUUGAUGCUGAGUUGGAGAUUGGAUUUAAGUUUCUAGUUGAAAGUUAUGUUUCUCAUGUUGAAUUAGACAGACCAAAGCGAAUAAAGACAACUGUGUCACAGAGUACCCUAUUUGACCAUUUGAUAAACAUAUGGGAAUUUAGUCCUGGCCCGGUUCCAGGAACUUGCAAUCUCUAUUUUUUGGUGGACUUCAAGUUUCAGUCUCCACUUUACUCACAGAUUGCAUCAAUGUUCUUUAAGGAGGUGGCCUCUAGGAUGGUUAGUUCAUUUACUGAGCGUUGCCGCAUGAUAUAUGGACCAGAAGUGCGAGUGCUUGAGAACUCAUAUGGACAUAGGUCAUAGAGUUUUUUCUUCUCUGCAAUUAGUUUCUUGUCUUGAACAUAGAUAAGGUUGAUUUACGGUUUCUGCAUUAAUUGGGCGGGUUUUUUAUGGUUUGCCCGCACAAUACUGAAUGCUUAAUCAUUUCUCUAUGAAUUCCUUAGUGAUCUUUGUAAUUUACUUAGAAGGAUUCUACAAUAUACUGUGUACAAUCUUGAAAGAUAUCAAAUUAACAUUAUUUUUUACA